AUGAAGAAACAUUCGCCCAGGCGACCAGACAAGGAGUAUUCAUUGAUGCAGGUUGAUCAUCCCUUUAAUACUCUUGAACUUACUGUACCAAUGCCUAAAUCAAGACACUUUAACCCUCCAUUAUGGGCGACAAUAAGAGUGCCGAAUACAGCUACACCUGAGAACCCUACUCGCUCUGAGCGAGUUCCUAAACAAAGUGAGAAGAAGGCGGCUGAACGGUCAAGUCUGAGGGAGAGGAAGGAUGAACGAGCGAGGCAGAAAGCGGCUUUUGCGGCGAGGAAUGCAAGGAGAUACGACCUGGAUAAGGCAGAGCAGGAUAGCCAGGCAGAUAAAGGCCAAUCGGCAGGCAGGACGAGCAAAAUGGGUUGUGAACAAGCUACCUGA